AUGGCCAACUGUUCGAACGGUUUAAACACCUGGGUUCCACUGCUUGGGACAGCUAGACAACCAGCUGCAGCUCUCUAUUAUGACAGUUGGCCGAUGGGGGAUGUGCGCGGCUGUUCGGCCAAGACCUUCGCCAACAUCUGGCCUCCGGAAGACGGCCAGAAGCGGCCCCACGUGUGCCGCAUUUGGAGUGCAGCUGCGCCGUCAUCGCCCUCAGGGCAUUCACAGGCCAUAUGCGGUAAAGGCGGCCGCCCACGGCCCAAAAGAACCCAGUACAUCAACUUGGCCAUCCAUCGACACACCUGCUCUAGCCUCCUCCCCUCCCGCACCUGUUCCCCAUCGAAUUGGCCCAUCACAAUUAUAUGA